AUAGAUAUGAGUUGCUUACUUCAUGCAAGUAACAACGUGAUUUUUCAAUUAAAAUAGAAAUUGAAAAAUGUGAUGGAUAUUAUCAUUAAUAAUAAACAAAAAUGUGUUAUGAGAAUUUUUAAAAUAAAUUAGUCUUCCAAAUAAUUUAUAAAUGUAUUACACUAAUUAUUUAUUAUAUAAUUUUAUUAGUAUUUCUAUAUGCUGUAAUUAAUCAUUUAUUAAAUCUGUUGCAGACAUGUCAGAACAUGUUGAAUUACAUCAUUUACUUGAUGGUGAUACUGAAAGUAAUACAAUAAUACAACAAAAAAGAUUUUCCAUUUUAAUGUGUAAAUCUUGCCCUUAUCUUGGUUUAAUCUUAGCAACAUUAUCAUCAUUAUUUUUUUCAUUAUGCAGUGUUAUUGUGAAAGGUUUAGUCGAAGUAAAUCCAAUGGAAUUGGCAGCAUUUCGAUUUAUGGGUGUAUUACUACCAGCAAUACCAAUUGUAAUAUAUAAAGGAGAACAUCCAUUUCCAAAGGGUCGUAGAUUAAUGCUAAUAUUAAGAAGUUUUGUGGGGACUACUGGUCUCAUGUUAAGUUUCUAUGCAUUUCGGCAUAUGCCAUUAGCUGAUGCAUCUGUUGUAGUAUUUUCUGUUCCUGUAUUUGUAGCUAUAUUUGCAAGAAUAUUUUUAAAAGAACCUUGUGGAUUAUUCAAUGUUAUUACAGUUUGUUUAACAUUGAUUGGCGUAAUCUUAAUAACACGUCCACCCCUUAUCUUUGGACAUACUAUUGAAUCACUUUCAGAUGGACAUGUAAAAACACAACAUGCAGAUUUAUGGGGAGCAAUAGCAGCUUUUUCAGCAACUCUUUUUGGUGCAAAUGCAUAUAUUUUAUUGCGAGCUUUAAAAGGCCUUCAUUUCUCAGUAAUUAUGACAAAUUUUGGAUCAUUUGCCUUGAUUCAGACAAUAGUUAUAUCCUGGGCUAUAGGUGCAUUAUGCUUGCCUCGGUGUGGAACUGACAGACUUCUAGUUGUUGCACUUGCUCUUUUUAGUUUUGGUGGUCAAAUACUAUUAACAUUAGCUUUACAAAUGGAACAAGCAGGACCAGUUGCAAUAGCAAGAUCAGCAGACAUAGUUUUUGCUUUUUUUUGGCAAGUUUUAUUUUUUAAUGAAAUACCAAAUCCUUAUUCAGUUGGAGGAGCCAUUGUAGUCACAAGUUCAGUUUUAUUAACAGGUUUAAGAAAAUGGGCUCUUUCAUUACCAGAAACAUCUAAUGUUAAAAAAUCUUUGGGUAUUUUGAUGUUGUAAAUUAUAAAUUAUAAAUAAGAAAAAUGU